CACCAACAACAUUAAAAUAUUCAAUGCCCGCUUUUAUAAAUUGGAGACAAACAGCAUUAAUCGCUUCACUUGUUCUGCAAAGAGAAAUGGCUUCCUUUCUGUGGACUAGUACUGCUCUUUGCCUGAGCUUCUUCCUGCUCCUGCCCUCUGUCGCCAGGAGUGCUGCCCCGAAGCGGCCCGUCCACGUCCCAUUUGGUCGGAACUACAUGCCGACUUGGGCGUUCGACCACAUCAAGUACUUCAAUGGAGGCAACGAGAUUCAGCUUACGCUUGACAAGUACACUGGGACCGGGUUUCAGUCGAAAGGGUCCUACUUGUUCGGGCACUUCAGUAUGCAGAUUAAGAUGGUUCCCGAUGAUUCUGCCGGCACUGUGACUGCCUUCUACCUAGCUUCUCAAAACUUGGAACACGAUGAGAUCGACUUCGAGUUCCUUGGGAACAGAUCGGGGCAACCUUACAUUCUCCAAACGAAUGUGUUCACCGGUGGCAAGGGAAAUCGCGAGCAGAGGAUCUACUUGUGGUUUGAUCCCACAAAAGAUUACCACUCCUACUCAGUACUCUGGAACAUGCACCAGAUUGUAUUCUUCGUGGAUGAUGUGCCGAUAAGAGUGUUCAAGAACAGCAAGGACUUGGGGGUGAAGUUCCCGUUCGACCAGCCCAUGAAGAUAUACUCGAGCCUGUGGAACGCGGACGACUGGGCCACACGGGGCGGGCUUGAGAAGACGAACUGGAGCAAGGCGCCUUUCAUUGCGUCCUACAAGAGCUUCCACAUUGACGGGUGCGAGGCCUCAGUGCACGCCAAGUUCUGCGCCAGCCAGGGCAAGAGGUGGUGGGACCAGAAGGUGUACCAGGACCUGGACGCUGCCCAGUACCGGAGGCUGCAAUGGGUCCGCAAGAAGUACACAAUCUACAACUACUGUUCAGACCGAAGCAGGUUCCCGACCCCGCCAGUAGAGUGCAAGCGCGAUCGUGACAUCUAAUCAUCGUAUUCAACUAUAUCAUUUAUUUAUAUCAAUCAUGUUAGGUUAUCAUUGAUUUGAUUUGCCUGAUUUUCAGCGAGCAUUGUGCUAUUUAAACACCUUUUUUUAUCCUGUUUCUUUGCUCUGUAAUAACCGACCCGAUGAUAUAUCUAGUUAUGAUUGAAUUUCUUGGCAA